CGACCCCCUGAUCAAGGCUAUAUCAGAUCAACGGUUGCACGACUACGGUUGCCGGUUGACGAUUCUACUAUUACCAAUUACAUUGACCAAGAUCUGUUACAUUGUGAUUGGCUGAAAUAGAAUCGUCACCAGCAACCGUAGCCGCGCAAUCAUUAGUUUGAUAUGGCUUUUACGGUCAAUGUAAUUGGUAAUAUUAAAAUUGUCAACUGGCAACCGGCAACCAUAGUCUGAUACGGCCUUAAAACCGAAGCAUAAACCAAGUCUAAGUUGGUGGCAAAAUUUGACAAAACAAACUCGAGCCGAUAAUCGAUAUGAAAAAAAUGGUGAGUUUAACCCAAGUUGUAUGGGGCUUGUCUUCAAAUUUCGUGAUGAAUCAAUAUUUUUCUCGUCGAUUGUUAACUUCACCAUGGUACAAUAUAUUAAUGGUUAUAUCAUCUCGACGAAUGUCAGCAGACAUUGAUGUCAAAUCCGCAGAUGCCUUGAUUAUUAGUGACAGCUGUGUGAAACGUUUGAAGGAGAUAGCUAGCGAUGGCACAUGUUUGAGAAUUACUGUCGAAGGUGGUGGUUGCUCCGGAUUUCAAUACAAGUUCAAUUUAGAUCCAAACGUACACGAGGAUGACAAAGUAUUUCAAAAAGAUGGUACCAAAGUAAUAAUCGACUCGACAUCAUUAGAAUAUGUAAAAGGAUCAACAAUAGAGUUUCACAUGGAACUGAUACGAUCUGCCUUUAGAAUAACAAACAAUCCUUUGGCUGAACAGGGAUGCAGUUGUGGUGCUAGUUUUGCUAUUAAAAUAGAAUAAAUAUGGAUGUAUGCGUUACUAUUGAAUGAUAAGAAUUGCUACAAUUUAAUAUAAAUUGAGAAAUUUACUGAA